AUCAGUUUUUCUGCAUCAGUCGGUUCUUCGGUACCUGGCGGUCGGGUGCUUUUUUCAAAUAAAUAAUCCAUUCACAACAUGUUUUUAAUGUCAUUGGAAAUUACAAUUAAUUAAAGUUUUGCACAAUUACUUUGGUGGCCUACACGCUUAUUAUUAUUACUCAAUAAGUUUGAAUUUUUUUAAAUCAAUUGUAAUUUAAUUAUAUUAUCAGUGAAAUUUAAAUUCAUCAGUUUGCCUAUUUUGGGUCAGUGGUUGCGAAACAUGAGGACCAAAGUAUCAAAAUGCAAAAUUAUGACAUUUUGUCUAGCAUCCGCCGCUAUAGUAGUAGUCACACUAGUCCUAGUGUGGGUGUUUGUCUUAAACAGACAAGAUAAAAAGACAAUUACGGGGGCAGUAGUCACCAACGGACAUGGAUGCUCUGAUAUUGGAAAGUCGAUUUUAGAAAAAGGAGGAUCAGCAGCGGACGCGGCGAUAGCAGCGCUCUUCUGCGAAGGGGUUUCUAUGCCUCAAAGCAUGGGGCUGGGAGGCGGCUUUUUGUUGACUAUUUACGAAAAAUCAACUGGAAUCGUAAAAUCUUUGAAUGCCAGAGAAACUGCCCCUGCCGCUUCAAACGAGACAAUGUUUGCUGGCAAUGCGAGUCUAUCACAAAAAGGUGGUUUAUCGGUAGCAGUACCUGGUGAACUUAAAGGCUACUGGUACCUGCACCAAGAGUAUGGUUAUCUACCUUGGAAGGACUUGGUGCAACCAACUAUAGACCUAUGCAACAAUGGCAUCUAUGUAACAGCUUUUCUGGCCAAAACCUUCUUGGGAAGGUUAAGUCUGUUACAUGCAGAUCCAGUUUUAAGUGAAAUUUUUAUUGAUCCAAAUACGGGCAGUACUUAUCUGGAAGGGCAAUUCAUUAAAAGGCCAAGACUAGCCAAAACACUUGAAAUAAUCGCCAAUGAUGGAGUGGACGCCCUGUAUAAUAAAAAUGGUUCCUUAAUAAAUAAAUUUGUCAAAGAUAUCCAGGAUAAGGGUGGGAUUAUUACUGCUGAAGAUUUGAUUAAUUAUGAACCUGAGUGGCAGGAGCCAAUUAAGGCGGAUUUAUCAGGGAACCAAGUGCUUUACACUUCACCAUUACCAUCGUCCGGGCCUGUACUAGCCUUCAUAUUAAACAUCCUGGAUGGGUUCCUAGAUCUCACUAAUCUGUACAACUCUGGGACAUUUCAGAGAAUCGUGGAGAGUUUUAAAUUCGCUUAUGGCCUACGAACUCGGCUUGGUGAUGAACAUUUUGUGGAUAUCAGUGAGUUAAUACAUAAUUUAACGUCAAAAGAGUUCGCUCAAGAAAUAAGGCGUUUGAUCAAAGAUGACAGCACCCAGCAAAAUGCUUCGUACUAUUUCGCAGAGACCAGUGGGUUUGACGAUCAUGGUACUGCCCAUAUUUCUGUAUUGGCUCCUAAUGGAGAUGCCGUGGCCGUUACUAGUACUAUUAAUCAAGUAUUUGGUGCAGGUUUUGCCUCUGAUUCGACAGGCAUAAUACUCAACGACGAAAUGGACGAUUUCUCAUCGCCAAACAUCACCAGUUACUUCGAUAUUCCGCCGUCACCAAACAAUUAUAUAAUGCCAGGCAAAAGACCGGUUUCCUCGAUGGUGCCCACCAUAAUUUUAAAAGAUAAAGAUGUGGUACUGGUCACCGGAGCCGCCGGAGGAACCAAAAUCACCACCGUGGUGGCCUCAAUAAUUGUUAAACAUAUAAUGUACAAUGUAACCCUUUCGGAGGCGACCAUCGAGAAGAGGUUGCAUCACCAACUGUUUCCAAUGAUGAUAGAGUAUGAAGAAGGAUUCCAGUUGGAUUAUCCUGAAUUGUAUGGAAAUUUAACCCAAAUCGGCCAUGAAUCGAAAUUGACCCCCACAUCAGACGGAUUUUCUGCCGUAACAGUCAUCAGUGCCAAAAAUGACGAUAUUGAAGCCUCAUUUGAUAAUAGAAGAGGAGGGUAUAUUUCUUACGUUGAAAGCUAGUGAUUAAAUUAAGAAAAAAAUUCUCAAACAUUUAGGGUAAAACACCCAAUCGUUGGCACUCAGCCUAUUGUUGGCACCCCGUCUAAUUUUUUGCAUAAAUUAAAGUGAAUCUGACAAUAUUAUCGUCAACUUAUUAAUUAAGGUAAUGUUGGCAACAUCGCCGAGACUAGUGAACCGCCAAUGCGGUAUUAAUAUUCCUUAAGUUUAAGUAAAAUUGCGAAUCGAAUUUGACGUGUCGUGAAACUGAAACAGAUAAGAAUUUAUGAUUUUGUUAAGGGUUUGGUCCACAUAACUAACGUGAAAACUUUAUGACUUCUUAAUCAAAUAAUUAUUUUUCUUGUUGGUGAUAUUGUUAACUAUCUUUUAAAUGAUUUUUCGUUUAAAAAAAUACAUAUUUUUCAAUAUAAAUUAAAAUUUCUAGGGUGCCAAUGAUAGGCAGAGAAAAAUGUUAUAUUGCCAGUGGUUGGCACCUAUGCCAAUUAUUGGAUUAUUGCUGCUAAUAAUAUUCUCCCAAUCAUUGGCACCCUAUUCUAUUUUUUUAUUUGCUCAUCUCAAGCAAUGAGUUUUGUCUUAAAACUUUAAAUUUUAUUUUAUUAAAUUCACCAGGUAUCAUUUUUAAAAUUUUUUAAACAUUAUUUUUUAAAUUUAAGGCUUACGAUAUAUGUUCCUAUUAACUUUUAUUCUCAAAAUCAAACACUCCCUUUAUUAUAGGCUCUCAAUUAUUAAACACCCUGUAUAUUUUUUAAACCAAGAAUUAUUUAACUGUAUUUUCAUACAGGGUUUUAUUUACAUUAAAAAAAAAUCAUGAAUAAAAUAAUGGCAUUUGUUAUGCCCACAAAAAACAGGAACUAUUUGACAUCAUGAAGGAUCCUAGCAGAAUUUUUAAUGGCGAUGAAACAAACUUUUAUUAUUUGCCAAAACUUGGAUAAGUCGUUGCUCUAAAAGGCUCCAAGAACGUUUACGAAGUAGAUAUGGGAGCUGUGAAACAGAAUCUCACUGUGAUGUUCACCUUCUCAGCAUCGGGUACAAUAACAUCGCCGAUGAUUAUCUUCCCAAACAAAAGACUUCCAUAAUCGGUGAAGGACAGUGUUCCGACUGGAUGAAAUCCGAAACUUUUUUAUUUUACCUUGAAUUUGUCUUGCAUCCCAGCCUUAUCAAAUCUGGAGUUGUGUUUCAAGUAAUAGUAUUUGUUAAUGGACACAAAACACAUGUCACAUACCAAGUAAGUCCUUUAUGCUCUAGGCUGGUCCUAAUAGCCCUAUAUCCCAACUCCACUCGAAUUCUUCAACCCGCCGAUGUUGCCAGUUUCAAACCCUUAAAAACUCUUUCGCGUUAUUGGGUUUUUCACUGGAGAAGAAAUCAUCCAUUCAUGAAACUACGAAAGGAAGAUUUUGCUCCUAUUUUGUACACGGCAGUGGAAAAACUUGAUGCAACAACUUUAUCAAACGGCUUUAAAGCAUAUGGAUAAUUUCCUUGGGACUCCAAUGCAAUAGACUAUACUAAGUGCCUAGGAAAAAAUACCCAUAUUAUUGAUAGUGUAGGAGACCCAGAAGCAAAUAUUAGUGAAGGCCAAUCAGAAAAACAUAUAAGUUUGACUUUGUUCAAAAAGCUAAUAGGUGAUAGAAAAUUUAUGGAACUGGGACAGACGAGAAUUUUGCAGCCUUAAAAAGAUUAUUUAACUACCUUAAUGAAAUAAAUAGGGGAAGAGCAAAAGAGCAGUAACGAAAAUGCCUUAUGUUAUUUCGUCGUCGGGUUUCAAAAAGAUUGUUGAGGAAAAAGAACAGCUUCAGAGGGAAGAGGAAGAGCAGAAGAAUCAAAGAAAAGAAGAGAGAGUCAAGCGACAGGCUGCAAAAAAGACAAGACUCUAACUGCAAGGAAGGAUAAUCAUCAAAGCCAUGUUAGAAAAAUUUUCAGUUCUCCGCCAAAAAAGCGUCUUUCCCUCUGCACACCUUUGACGGCAUCCACUUCAUCAAUUGAGAAUUUGUUACAAAAUAAAGUUUGCUGUUUACGUGAAAAAUAUAAACAGGUCGAAACCAGGACUUAGGUGUGAAAAUUGUACGAGAACAUAUCAUGUAGAAUGUUUGGAAAAGAAAGGUCUAUAUAAAAAAUUAUUUCUUUGUGCCUCUUGUUUGUCUAACUCUAAGUCUUAGGCUGCUUUUUGUAAAUAUUUUUAUAAGACAUUAUAUUAUUAAUCCUACUUUUAAGUUUAACUAUUCGUUUUGUAAACUUUUGAAUAUUAGCUCGUUUUAUUUAUAAACAAUAUUAUUUUGAUAUUGCUUUUAGUGCUAUUACAUAUUAUAAUCAAGAUCAAUUAUUUUUUUAACAAACCGACAUUAUAUUAAUAAUAUCAUAAAGUUUUUAGCCAUUAAUAUUUGAGGUGCGUAGUGGACAAUGUGCCAAUAACUGGGGGGUGCCAAUAACUGGGAUAAUUUCGGGUGCCAAUGACUGUGAAAGCGUGCCAACAAUUAAGCUCUACGCUUUUUUUUACUUUUUAUUAUUUUGCUAUUAUAAUUUCAAAAAAAAAUAUUUUUAUAUUUUUUUUUCAUUUGAGAACAAAGUAGAAUCACCAAAAAACAUAAACUAGUCACAAGCUGACUAUAAUAUCAAUUUCCUGAAAACUAAUGGAUAUGUGAAACCUAAGAAGUCCUUAAGGUGCCAAUAAUUGGGUGGUUUACCCUACGUGUGGAAAAACCGGAUAGCCGGUUUGAUACUUUAGAAAGAUGAUGUAUUAAUAAUUUUUAAUUGUACAUACAAUUUUUAGGUAUAUAAGAAAAUAUUUUUUAUUUAUUUAUUGCUAGUAAAGGAAGAGAAGAUUA